UGACCAAAAGCAGUCCGCUCCCCUCUGAUCGUUCUCAGUGCCUACCUUCACACACAAGGAAGGGCACACUGCUCUGGUCUGCCAGAGCACACACACCUACACACACCUACACUUACACACCUAUACACACCUACACACACCUACACUUACACACCUAUACACACCUACACACACACACACACAUACACACCUAUACACACCCACCCUCUCUCUUCCCGGCACCCUGAGCAACCUCUCACCAUUGGCCAGGUCCCCAAGCCCUCAGCAUCUCCAUCACGGCUGAAGGGACCAUUCAAGAAAACAGGAGACAGAGGUGGACUAUGAGGAUGUUGGAGGGGCUCAUAUUGGGACUCUUUGUCCUCAACGCAGUGGUGGCCAACCCCAGAUUUGCCCGGCAGGUGGAAUUAGACACGUACGACAGCGCCAACUAUGAUGUGGAUCUCGAAAACUUGAAUUUGGAGAAUCCGGAUGUCGAUGGUUAUGAAGAUGGACUGACUAUUGACGAACCUCAGAUAGAGAUUGGCACACUGGCCCCACCAAAUUAUAACUACCCUGGCCCUGGGGGCCCUGCAUCACUGGAGGAGGAAGAGGAGGAGGAGGAGUUGCCCCUAAGACCCCAGCUCAUCCCCCAAGGCUCAGGGGGGUCUGGGGUACUCAUGGGCCCAGACGCACAGGGAGAGGAGGAGCUGCGCCUGAGUCCUAUUGACAUUCUUCAUAUCUCCGGGGACUUUGGGGGUUCCACGGGUUCUGGGGGUUCCGGUGGCUCUGGGGGUUCCGGAGACCUUUUGGCUUCCGGUUCUGGGGACCUUUUGGCUUCUGGAGGCUCAGGGGGUUCCAUGGAAAUUGGUUCAGCAGGUUCUGGGGAUCUUGGUUCUGGGGGUUCCGGGGACCUUGGAUCCGGAGGCUCUGUGGGUUCCGGGGACCUUGGAUCCGGAGACUCUGUGGGGUCCGGGGACCUUGGUUUUGGAGGCUCUGGGGGUUCUGGGGACCUUGGUUCUGGAGGCUCUGGGGGUUCCGGGGAUCUUGGUUCCCUGGGCUCUGGAGGUUCCGGCACCCUCCUAAGCUCAGGGGGUUCCGGGGACAUAUUGGUUUCCAGUACUGGGGGUUCCGGAGGUUCUGGAGGUUCCGGGGACUCAGGAAUAAUAAUUAUAUCUGGAGAGGAGGAGCUGCCCCUCAUUCCUGACACUACCCCCCAGGAGGCAUCGGGUGUUUCUGGGGAGUCCGGGGCCUUUGGCACCUCAGGGGCCUCAGGGCCUGGGGACUCCGACUCUGGUGGGUCAGAGGUCACAUUAAUCCCUGACCCUGAAGAAGAGGAGGAAGUGCUCCUGACUACUCCGAAAACCCCUCAGGAGUCUGGAGGUACAGUAGGCUCAGGGGGCUCUGGGUUGCCAGAGGUUGACUUGGACAUUAAAGGUAUGCCUACCUGCCUGCUGUGCACCUGUCUGGGUGGUUCUGUCUACUGUGAUGAUGUGAAGCUGACGAGCGUGCCGCCUCUCCCCAAAGAGACCACUCACUUCUACGCCCGCUACAACCACAUCACCAAGAUCAACAAGGGCGACUUUGCUCAGAUGAACAAGCUGAAGAGGAUCGACUUGACCGCCAACGAGAUUGCAUCCAUCGCCGAUGAUGCGUUCUCCGGCCUGCCCAUGCUGGAGGAGCUGGUGCUCCGUGAGAACGGCGUGUCACAGCUGCCUGCCCUUCCGCCCGUGAUGACCCUCAUCGACGCCAGCCACAACAACAUUGGCGCCACAGGCAUCCACAAAGAGGCUUUCAAGGACAUGACGGGUCUGCUGUACCUGUACCUAACAGACAACCACAUCGACCACAUCCCUGUGCCCCUACCGGACAGCCUGCGCUCUCUGCACCUACAGCGCAACAACAUUCAGAUGAUACACGAGGACACGUUCUGCAACCUGAAAGACUUCAACUACAUCAGGAACGCACUGGAGGACAUUCGCCUGGACGGCAACCCCAUCAACCUCAGCAGGACCCCACAGGCCUAUGUGUGCCUGCCCCGCAUCCCCAUCGGAGCCCACAUCUAACCACACACUGAUCAAUACUCGUGAAUACACAAGCAUCCUUACACAGCUCAACAUCUACGAGACAUAUGUACAUACCAUGCACACACUUACCUACGGAGACAGAUCCUAAAAGUUGUCCAGUCUCAGUUCAAUUGCAAUCUGCACAUACAGUAAACACCGGAACACAGUGUCUACCUAUCUGGCCUAAUUUAAGUCUGAUCAGCUGUUGAUCGCAUACAUAACACAGUGAGCGAGAUGGUGUGUAUCUCUCAUUCCUAC